AUUAGGUAAAGUAUUCCUUCCAUCACGCCUCGGAAGGGACUUUGGUCGGGGAUCUUGCCGAGGUCAGAGAGACAUGACGGCGCCUUCGCCUCCUCUAGCCACUGGCUUCGGCCGCUUCCCCAGCUUCUUCUGCUGGCCAUCCGCCCGAUCUCCACACCACCUCCUUACGCCGCCAAUUGCCAAAAGCAUCACUGCAUCUCCCAGUAGAGGAAGAGUAAUCUGCAACAGCAGCAGCGGCGACAGGACACCUACUUCUGGUUCAGGUGAUAAUGAUAGUAAAGUAGUUCUGGAUGCAUUUUUCUUGGGCAAAGCAUUUGCAGAGGCUGUAAAUGAAAGAAUAGAGUCUACUGUAGGAGAAAUCCUUAGUAUGGUUGGUCAAUGGCAAGCUGAGCAACAAAAAGAAGUUCAAGACUUUCAGGUUAAUACAUGA